GUUCGGUGGACUCGCUGCUCGUCGUUUAGUUUUCCUGGUGCAGUGGGUAGGAUACCAGUGUGAUAGUGAUACCAGUGCCCGUAUUUUUAAUCUAACCCAACUUCAGUAAUCAGUUGGUCGCACUCGACUACAAAGAGCGUUGUAUGAAGGUUCAGUUUUUGACAAUAAGUUUGUUGGCUUCAAUUUGUCAAUGGAAUGGCUGCUUCACCAAUCCAUGUUCAUGUGCAAGAUAACACCCCAGUUCAUGUUCAUGUUAAGAAACCAAAGUCUGCCGUCAUCAACCGACAUCAGUCUGACAAGCUGAUAGCAGACUUACCAAGCAGCUCACACAGACCGCAGAAACCAACUGCAAAAAGUCGAAGCAAAGCAAUAAAUGGACCAUGGAUUCCUGCACCUGGAAGAACAUCCCUGAGAGACAAAACUAAUCAAGGCUUCAAAUGGGACAAUGGGAGAAGUCAACUGGAAGUAAAUCUGCCAUCAAGUAGAGAGGCACAGGAUGCAAAUUCGGCACUGAAAGUUGGAGAUUUGUCACUUCAUGACGAAGAUGAUGUACGGAGCCAUAUUAUGAACUAUGAAAAAAAAAUUGAAGAUCUAAUGAAAGAAGUUGGAACUUUGAGAAAUGAAGUCGAGUUGAAGAAAAUUGAACAUGAGAUUGAAGACAGAGAUGAACAGCUUGAAGCAUCAAGAGCAGCAUUGGAACGACAGCAAAAAGAGCUUGACUUGGUCCAGAAAGAAUAUCAAGAAACAGAAAAGGAAAAUAACAGACUCCGAAAAAGUGUUGAAAGGAUAAAAGAUGAUCUUGGAAGAAGUUUGGAUAUUUCAGAACUUGGUUCAAGUAAGGAUGAACUUCUUAAGAAAUUGAUCGAAGUAGAAUUGGAUGGAGCGUCAUGUGAAAAACAAAUUGUUACUUUGAGGAAUGUUGUCAAAAGAUUAUGUCAUGAUAAUCGCAUUUCUCCAUCGAACUUAGCUGUGUUAAAUAAAGAAAGAGAUUUGCUUGUCCAAAAACUGGAGGAGUUUGAAGCAUCAAAUACUGCAUUACGGAGCCUUCUACAAACUCACCAUGAGGUCACAGCUGCUUAUUUGAAAAAUGAACUGGAUCAGGUUUUGUCUCAGUUAAGUGAAGAAAAAAAUCACAGUAGGACUCUAACAGAGUUGAACAAAUCAAUAGAUGCAACAAGAGCUCACUUGCAAAGAGAACUUCGUGCAAAGGAAAUGGAAAACAAUAGACUCCAAGUGCAGUUGAGGAACAUGGAAAGGGACACCACUAUUGCACAAAAAGAAGCAGAAGAUAUAACAGCAGCUGCAAGAUUUUCACAAGAGACAAUAGCUGCAGAAAAAGAAGCUCUAAAGAAAGCGACUCGUGCUCAAAGACAGAGGGCUGAUCAGGCUGAUCAAAUUCUCAGAGAGACAGAAACAAGGAUGGCAGAAAAACAAAAUCAACUUUCCAAAGCUCAUGAGGAAUGUGAAACAUGGAAAUCUAGGUAUCAUCGUGCAAUGGAUGAUAGAGCCCGAUCUGAUAACCAAGUCAAAUCAUUGACUGAAAAGUUGGAUGAAUCUGAAGCAAUGUUAAGAAGAAAUGAAAACAAAUCAAGGGAUAGAGAUGCAGAAUUGACAGAAAAACUACAUAAAUUAUCAUCUGACAAUGGUUCGAAUCAACUGGAAUGUGAACGACUAAAAGCAGAGUUGAGAACAACUGGAGAAAAGUUGAAGUUGGCAUUGGAAGAUGCUGCAGGACAACGUAACCAAGUUCAACAAUAUGAAACAUUAAACUCAGAAUUGCGAGCAGGAUUGGCUAAAAGUAAAAAUGAAGCUGAAGAGGCAUUACUGAGUGCUGAGCGAGCAGAACGAGAGGCAAGACGUAUGAGAGAGCAAGGUUCUGAUGAAAUUGAACGAGUUCGAAAGCAAAUGCUGCAAAGAAUGAAAGAUCUUCAACCUUUGCCAGAGUUACUAAAGGAGACUGAAAUGAAACUACAGGAUGCUCAAGAUCAAAUUCAUACAUUUGAAAGAUCUGCAGAACAAACUCGAAUCAUCUCUGAAUUGACAAGCAAGGAUGAAAUGCAGUCAGAUGAUGUAGACUCUCUCAGACAAAAUAUUGCUACUCUGAAAGAUGAAAAUAGAGCGUUAAUGGCUCGAUUAGAUAUAGUCAAUACUAAUUUGAAUGACAGAGAUAACGUGUUACGAGAAAGUGCCAUCGAUAGAGCAGAUAAGGAUGAGAAUAUACAAACUCUUCAGUUGAAAUUAGAAGAAAAGAAUUAUUUGUGCAGUUCUUUGCAACAACAACUUGAUUCUGCACUUGAAGAAAUUCGGAAAACAGCAAAAAUGGAGAGAGACAAAGCUACAGCACGGGAAAAAGCAUCAGAAGCCAGAAUAUGUGAUCUGGAAACACAAAUAACCUGUCUAAAAACAGAUGUUGCCAGUGUAAAGAGGUCAAAACUUGAUACUGAAAGGAGAUUACAGAGUCAAAUUCAGGAUGCCAGAGACCGACUGGAGCAAUCUGAAUCGACAAAUAGGUCGAUGAGAAAUUAUGUUAAUUUUUUGAAAAGUUCCUACAGCACUGUAUUUGGUGCAGAUGCUGUUAUGACAUCUAGUCCUGCUAAAAGUGGGCCAGGAAUGUCUUCUCCGAGAUCACCUUACUGAAAAGCAUAUUUGUAUUACCAUACUUUUUGCAUUAGACUCACUCAAGAAUUUACACCCAUGAACAUUCAUUUAUAAUUAGCAUCACAUGCAGUACUCAUAUUAGACAAGAUCCCAUAGUGUUAUUAGCUGUAUGUAAAUUAAGUAUAAACUGCAAAUUUCAACAAUAUGUAAUAGUAGAUCUCAACCAUAUUUAGGUGUAACAGACAGCUUGGUUUAGUUGUAACAGUUGAAAUGUAAAAGGAGAUGCAAGUGUUUUGGUUAUUAUCUUCAAAUCCAUGAGAUAUGUUACACAUUUAUUUCAGUUGAUUGGACUUUUAUCGUAUAUUACAAAUAGGGCUGUGUUUUAUUAGCAUUUGUCUCUACAUGACUUGGCAAAUUUUUCAAGGGCAAAUACUACUAAUAGGCGCCAUGCAAAAAAUUGUUAUUAUAUAAUUUCGUCCUUCUUUAUUAUGGUAGGGCACAAACUUUUCUCUGUCUUGCCUUUCACGAAAACAAAUUUAUGGCCUAAUAUGUCUGAACGAUGUCUCUUUGUCAUAUAGUCUUACGUCAACCACAGAUUUCAAAUUCAGAAACCACUGCUCUGGAAAUAUUGCUUUGGUCAAGUUUUAUUUAUGCUUAACCUUGAGGCUAUAUAUUGGUCUGAAUUUGGCUGUGCCGGUUGUGGAGUGCAAUAUUUAAUUGAUCACAUUUGUUGUUCACCUCAAAUUGAUGCAUUGCAUUGUCUUCUGUUUGGUUUGUAUUAUUACCCCAUACUUAUUUCUAGUUGGUAGUAACUAUACUCGUUAUUGAAAUGGGUAAUUAUAUUGUUGCAAGGUAUUAUAAUGCAAAAGUGCGUCUCGAUGUACACUAAGACUUGUUGUACACAAUUGGUUUGUCUACAUCGAGAUGCACCCUAUUCUUCAACCUCACACAUGCUGCUGAUUUUAGAAAGAAAUUCCAAGUAGAUUGCAGAUAUUUCAAUUUUACUGUAUCGUUGUUUAUUUUAUCACAAUUUUAUUGUAGUUUUGAACGUAAAGUACUAAAAAUGUCCUACGUUUAUAUAUUUUUAGAGCAUAAAUGCAUGUCAUUUUUUUGUGACUUGGGACUUAUUCAAAUAAGAUGGGACGCCGAUGAAAAGUCACCACACACUCGCGUUUAAACCACUUAUAAAAUAGA